AUGCACGUUCUUCGUGCAAGCACACAGUACGCACGGGGAAGCACGCAGCUGCCGCAUGUAUCUGCUGGAGGAAGACGGCUCAGCACGUCGGUCGUGCGCAUGGAGGGCAAAGAAGAGCGUACGACGCACUUUGGGUUCCAGACUGUUGACACGGCACUGAAAGAAGGACUUGUGGGUGGCGUGUUUUCCUCUGUCGCGUCAUCAUACGACAUGAUGAAUGAUGCCAUGUCUAUGGGCAUCCACAGGCUGUGGAAGAACCGGUUCGUCGACAUGCUUGAUCCACGCGGAGGAAUCCGGUGCCUGGACGUAGCAGGAGGCACAGGCGACAUUGCGCUGCGGCUUCUGGAUCACGCACGGACGAAGCAUCUGGACCGUGAGGUGCAGGUGACGAUUCUCGACAUCAAUGCGAGCAUGUUGAUCGAGGGCCAGAAACGCGUGAAGGAAAGCAUGUACUGGAACACGCCGCAGGUGCGAUUUCAGCUCGGCAAUGCAGAGGCAUUGGACCAAGUGAUGCCGGUGCCGGAGCGAAAGAACCCGCCAGCGAGCACGCGACGGAAUCCGAUUUUGCCGCCGCUCGUGAGUGAGCCGAUCGCGAGUGAGUCUCUUGACUUGUAUACGAUUGCGUUUGGGAUCCGGAACUGCACACACAUUGAUCGGGUGAUUGCCGAGGCGUUCCGUGUGCUGAAGCCGGGUGGUAUCUUUGCAUGCCUCGAGUUUGGCAAGGUAUCUGUGCCGCUGCUGGCGCAGCUGUACCGGCAAUACUCGUUCCAUGUGAUUCCUCCGCUCGGUGAACUGCUUGUGGGCGAUCGCGACUCGUACCAGUAUCUGGUGGAAUCGAUUGAGCGGUUCCCGACACAGGCCGAGUUUGCACGCAUGGUCGCUGAGGCUGGGUUCUUGCUCCCAGGCACAGCUGCGUCGUCGUCGAUGGGCCUGCCGCGCCUGGUGGGCGGCGGCGCAUGGGAGGAUCUGACAUGUGGUGUUGCUACUAUUUGGACAGGUACGUGA